AUUAUUAGUUAUGGAUCCGAAAAAUAUCGAAGCCGCCAAUCCCAAAUCUGCUCCACUUCAGAAGCAGUAUCCUGAAGGGCAAUGGCCGACUGGUCUCUAUGACCGUUGCGACGACCCCUCUAAUUGUAUUACUCUCUCUUCUUGUCCAUGCGUCACAUUCGGGCAGAUAGCUGAGAUAAUUGAUGGAGGGGAUAGAUCAUGUGGAAUAUCGGGACUCGUCUACUAUGCUAUGGGCAACAUCCAUUGCGAGUGGCUCUAUGCCGGAUUAUAUCGAACCAAACUACGACAACUGUUUUCACUUCCUGAAGCUCCAUAUGGAGAUAGGUUUGUUCAUUGCUGUUGCUGCCCUUGCUCUCUCUCUCAAGAGUACAGAGAGCUCAAGAACAGGGGGCCGAUCCCUCCAUAGGUAAUUUAUCUUAUAUAUCCUAGGUCUUGGCUUAGUGAUUAACAAUAAUAUGUGGAAGAGUAUAUAUAUCAUCU